UCAUGCGCCCAUCCUGCGCAUUCACACAGGUGUCAAUCAACAUUCUCUCUCUCUCUCUCUCUCUCUCUCUCUCUCUCUCUCUCUUUCGCGCUUGAGAGAGUGCGCACAACUUAGAUUGAUGACUACCGUCUUUCUCCGAACACAACGCACCCUGAUUAUGAAUGCAUAGAAGUGAUCUUUCUGGCCCGAGUCCUGAUAUGCGUGCAUUAUGUUCGGGGGAAGACGGUAUAUUGACCAAACCUCUUCAACUGUGGAGAGGUCAUUGCGUGAUCUAAUUAGUCAUCAGAAACGGAUUAUCGGUGAGAGUAGGAUAGGAUAGAUGUGGGGGGGUGUGGGAGGGUGCUCGGGGGGUUCAGUCCGAUGCGCGAUCUCUGUUUAACCAACCCCCCUACAGUAAUUGAUCUUGUUGCUACAACUUAUUAGCCAAGCAAUCAUAAUGACAUCUAAUUAGUAAUUGCUACCAAUCACUAUUGAACAGCAACUGUUUAUCUUUCGAUCCGUCGUGCAUGAGUGCCACGUACAGCUCUGCAUCAGCAUCCGUUGUCCCGCACAAAAAUACCACGUGGAACUUCGGAUCAGCAUCCGUGAUUAGCCAAUCAUUCCGUGAUUGAUCGAUCAACCAAAUCGAAUGAUUAUUGCUUUCUUGCUUGAUUGCUUGAUUGCUUAAUCAUUUGAUUGAUUGAUUGCUUUCUUUCUUGUUUGCUUAAUCAUUUGAUUGAUCGAUUGAUUGCUUGUUGAUUGCGUCAUUGAUUGAUUGAUCGGUCGAUCGAUUGAUUUCUUCCUCGCUUGCUUGAUUGGUUGGUUAAUUCCAUUGUGAUUGAUUGAUUGAGUGAUUAAAUGCUUGAUUGCUUUCUUGAUUGAUUGAAUUGAUUGAUUGAAUUGAUUGAUUGAUUGAUUGAUUGAUUGAUCAUGUCUACGUCGAUAACACGCGUUGCCGGCACAAUGCUAGCGGCCUGCGGGAGUGGCAUUCGAUGUAGUUCGGGUAGGCUUCGUCACAGCGCUGCGAGGAGUUCAUCGAGUGACGUGGCAGUCGUUCCCGCAGCAGGAUCGUCGUGGCUGCCACGUGGCAAUCUGCUCGGAGUUUGGGCAUGGAAGCUUCGUCUACGACCGCUCCGCUCAGUAACCUGUUAUUAUUAUUUCCUAGAAGGGAAUGCUGAAGGGGGUAGUUUUAGGAAUGGGGCGGGAGGGUCGAGAACGGGGGCGAUGGCAGCGAUGUCCGUCUCCGCACGUUCGUUUGCCCGUCCGCCGCUGCGCCCGCUUCCGCUUCCGCUUCCGGCGCCGCGCGCAACUGGCCCGACGCUGUCGAUGACAGGAACUCAACCGUUGGGGGAUUUGUUGGUCGCUUCUGAAAAUUCUCCUCCUUCCCCUUGUGCGCGAUCGAUGAUGGGAAAGUUGGGAGAGGAGGGUGGUGGUUAUGGCGGAAGCAGCAGGAAGAUGAAGGAUGGAUUUGGAGACAGCAGGAGGAAGGUGACAGUGGCGCGCAGCGCCGAUAGCAAAGGGGAAAUUAGAACCGAGAGCGGAGGAGGAGUAGGAGGAGAAGGAGGUGGAGUAGGAGGAGGAGGAGGAGGGGGAGGUGGAGGAGGGAGAAAAGGUGGGGGAGGAGGAGGAGGAGGGCAUGGAGGAUCUCGAGAUGAUGCACAGGAUGGGUUCUCUGAAGGGAAGACACGUGGCGGCAUCAGCGGCCUCUGGCAGAGCUAUCUUGCUCUCAUUGACAAAUAUCCAGUCAUGACCAAAGCUGUGACUUCCAUGUUACUCAAUGUUGUUGCAGAUAUCAUCUGUCAGGUUGUGAUUGAAGGGGCACAAAAACUGGACGUACAUCGUGUCACAGUCAAUGCCACAAUUGGGCUUUGCCUUGUAGGGCCUGCUCUCCAUUAUUGGUACCUGGCGCUUAGCCGCUUUGUGACGAUAAAAGGUACUCCAGGUGUGCUUACCUGCUUGGCACUAGAUCAGCUAUUCUUUGCACCAAUAUUUAUUACCUCCUUCUUCACAUCGCUCCUCACGUUGGAAGGGAGAGCGGAUGACAUCAUUCCCAAGCUUAAGCAGGAUUUCGUAAAUACCCUUAUUGCCAACUGGAAGCUGUGGGUUCCGUUCCAAUUCAUAAAUUUUGCAUUUAUCCCGCAGCCACUGCAGGUAGGAUCAGAGAGAGCUCAACAACCUUUCCUGAUAAUGUAUCUUUGCUUUGAAGUUUGAACAGAUAGGUUAGAGGUUGAUAUUGGGCCUCUCAGUGGGCGCAAAAUUGGGCGCAAUUAGGAUCAAAAAUAGGAUCAAAGAUAAGGCCAGAUUUGGGCACAUCUCAGUGGGCCCAAAAUUGCCCCACUGCCAAAGGAAAACAAAAAAAAAAAAGGCACCUUUCUUUUUGUGCCCCGCACGUGGUCGCCCCCCAUCCAGGUUCUCGCCCUUGUGGCCCAGGCAGUGCGGCCCUCGUAAGCUAAGAGUCAAAUAUUGAAUUAAGGAAAUUAAGGAAAUUAGAACUGACGAUGUUGACAAUUAGUCAACGGACAACUAAUGAGUUAAAUAAUAAAAUUCAAUUAUUAAUUUUUUAUAUUUUUAAAAUUUUAUAAGUUUUAAAUUAAAUUUUAAUUAAAUUUUAAUGUUUAACGAGAUGACGGAUGUAUUUUAUUAUUUUCAGUACCUGCACCACCCGAAUACAACGCACAGUUGUUAUUGCUGUAUUUGGACUGAACGGUACCCCAAAUACAGCAAUAAAUAUUAAAUAAUGAC